CGUCGGCUCAGACCUUUCCCUGCAGGCUCGUUCAGCCGCCGGCCGAUCACAAAGAAGCGGGGCAAGAUGAGCCUAGCGGAGUCGAGGGCGCAGAGGAAGACGGCGGGGAACCGCAUGUCCGGCCUCUUGACCCGGGAGGAGGAGGACGACUUCUAUAAGACUACUUACGGCGGCUUGGGUUCUGAGGAAUCCGGGGACGAUGAAUAUAACGAGGACCGCUCCGAGAGCGAGGAUGAAGUGGACUCCGACUUUGACAUUGACGAGGGGGACGAGCCCACCAGCGACCACGAGGAGGACGAGCCGAAAAAGAAGCGCCGGGUGGUGACCAAAGCUUACAAGGAGCCCAUCAAGCUACUGAAACCGAAACCCCCCAAACCUAAGCCGGAGGCGGCAUCCAGCAGCGCCCCCAAGAGCCGCCCAGAGAAGCCUCGGCCACAGGAGACCCCGGAAGACAACGUGGACAGUCGGAAGCAGAUGCGGCAAUCCACCACGGAGCACACCCGCCAGACCUUCCUCCGCAUGCAGGAGCGCCAGGUGCAGUCCCGCAAGAAGAAAGGGCCCCAUCCCGACCGGCCGCUGACACAGGAGGAGCUACUGCAGGAGGCCAAGAUCACAGAGGAGAUCAACAUCCGCUCCCUAGAGAAUUACGAGCGUCUGGAGGCUGACAAGAAGAAACAGGUUCAGAAGAAGAGGCCCUGCGUCGGGCCCACCACCCGCUACCACUCUGUGACCAUGCCGCUCAUCACCGAUCUGUCCGUAAAGGAGGAGAACGUGGAUGUGGAGGGGUUGGAGCAGGAGCAGACGGGCCAUCCGUCCACAGCGCCCCCGGCGGGCAAAUGCUCCCGCACCUUCAUCACCUUCUCCGACGACGAAACCUUCGGCCGCAUCUUCCCCAAAAACAAAUCCAAGAUGCCCAUCCGGGAGAUCUGCCCGGUCACCCACAAGCCGGCCCAGUACCGGGACCCCAUCACCGACAUCCCCUAUUACAACGCCCGCGCCUUCAAGAUCAUCCGCGAGGCCUAUAAGAAGUACAUCACGGCGCACGGCCUGCCCAACGCCGCCAUGGCCGCCGCCAUGUGCCCGGCCUCUGGCGCUCCCGACGCCGGCCAGCGCAACACGCGGCAGAAGAUCGUCAUCAAGCAGAGCGUUCCGGUCACAUAACGCCGCGGCGUUGGGGGUCUCAUUAAUGACUAUGGGAGGGCGGACGAUG